GCUCCUCAUUCUGUGCUCAGGAACCACUCCUGGUAAUGCACAGGAUCCUGUGGAAUGCUGGGGAUCAAACCCAGACAGCGGAGGAGGAGGAAGACAUGGACCCGCCGGACUCGGCCUCGAGGGUUUUCUGCAGCCGCAUCCUGAGCAUGGUGAAUGCAGAGGACGUGAACGCCAUCAUCCUGGCCCAGAAGAACAUGCUCGACCGCUUUGAGAAGACCAACGAAAUGCUGGUCAACUUCAACAGCCUGUCGAGCGCUCGUCUGCAGCACAUGAGUGAGCGCUUCCUGCAGCACACGCGCGUGCUGGUGGAGCUGCGGCGGGACCUGGAUAGCAUCUUCCGUCGCAUCCGGACACUGAAAGGGAAGCUGAGUAAGCAGCACCCCGAGGCAUUCAGCCAUAUCCGGGAGGCCAGCUUCCUGGAGGACGAGGAUGAGGACCUGGUCCCCCCCAGCACCACCACCACCAUCGCCACAUCGGAGCAGAGCACGGGCUCAUGUGACACCAGUCCCGCCACUGUCUCGCCCUCGCUCAGCCCCGGCUUCGAGGACCUGUCGCACGCCCGGCCCGGCUCCCCUGCCAUCAACGGCCGCAGCCCCACUGGUCGGGACUCAGAGGACGAGGAUGAGGCGCUAGGCCAGUAACCUGACCUCACGCCCAGCAACUCUGCCCCCUGCUUCUGCCAUCCACCUUCUUCCUGGGGUGCUUCCCUCCUAGCCCUCGAGAGCAUCUUUCCUGUGGGCUCUGCCCCCAAGUUCCAGCUGGAUGCUCCAGAGGCGGCCCACUUGGCCUGGCGGGGACUCCAGGUGGACCAGCCUCAGCCCCCACUACCCGCACUCACUAAUGAAGGCCACCUGCCCCUGCUCCCCAUGUCCCUCUGUGAGAAUGCGGGCUCCUUUCCUCAGCCCCUGGGUCCAGAAUGUGGCCGUGCAGUUGGGGGGACCCAGGACUGGGUCAGCCACCAGAUCCCGAGGCUGCUGGGCCCAGGGUGCCCGAGGGCCCCACUGGCCCCAGGUCAACAUGAGAAAGAGUUCAAGGGAGUAUUUUUGUACCCAAUGUUUACAGAUGCUGGUGGGAAGUUACCAAUAAAGAACUGCAUUACUAAACCCACAA